GAUUUAAUUUUGAGACAACUUUGGGCAUGUGAUCUUAAGAGUAAAGUCAGAAAAACUUUUGUAUACAAUGGAAUCCAACAGAUUCACAAAUGAAACUCCAAAAGUGAUGGAAAAAUUGGAAACAGCUGGGGAAGAGGCAUCAGAUUUUGUCCUGCAUUCUGUUGAAUUACCCACCGGCAAAGCUUGUCAACCACCCGUUUCCUGCGUGUCUAGUUGUGUAACUGAUAGCUUGUCCUCAUCCAAAUGUGAUCAAUCAUUAGCAGUGAAAAAUCAUACCAUUGGCAAGUGCUCAGAUUCUUCUAACAGUCCGUGCUCAGAUCCUUCUACCAGCAAGUUCUCAGAUUCUUCUACCAGCAAGUGCUCAGAUUCUUCUGCCAGCAAGUGCUCAGAUUCUUCUACCAGCAAGUGCUCCGAUUCUUCUACAAGCAAGUGCUCAGAUUCUUCUACCAGCAAGUGCUCCGAUUCUUCUACCAGCAAGUGCUCAGAUUCUUCUACAAGCAAGUGCUCAGAUCCUUCUACCAGCAAGUGCUCAGAUUCUUCUACAAGCAAGUGCUCAGAUCCUUCUACCAGCAAGUGCUCAGAUUCUUCUACAAGCAAGUGCUCAGAUUCUUCGACAAGCUUAUAUAAAAAUCAAGAGAAAAUGCCUGUUUCAAAUGUUGAACCCAAGAAUUUUACUCAUCCUAGCAUUUACACUGAUGCACAAUACCGGAAAGCUCUUAGUGAUGCACCUGCUAUGAGAACUUUAAUGAAGUUAUUUUUGAACAAUGAUCUCUCUAAUAAGAUACCUGCAUCAACUUCUGUGCAAAAAUCGGUAUCAACUACAAUUUUGGCCCAUGAGCCAUUGACAUCAACUGCACAAUUGGUAUCACAUAAGCCACCUGCAUCAACUUCCUCCUUGGCAUCUCAAGACUCCUCUUCUUCAACUUCCACCUUGGCACCUCAAGACUCCUCUGCUUCAACUUCCACCUUGGCAGCUCAAGACUCCUCUGCUUCAACUUCCACCCUGGCUGCUCAAGACUCCUCUGCUUCAACUUCCACCUUGGCAGCUCAAGACUCCUCUGCUUCAACUUCCAUUUUAGCAUCUCAAAACUUAUCCACAUCAACUUCAAUUUUGUCACUGCAGGAGUCAAACUGUGUACCUUUUCAAUCUAUAAAAAAACCAACAUGCCAACAGGAAAAAUUGGAUUCCAAUUCUAUAGCAAUGCAUUCACUUCAAACACCUGAUUUGCAGAGCCAAACAUCAAGUCUGACUGGAUUUGUUAAAUCAAAUAGUGACCCCUUUGAAACUGCUCCCAAACAGUUUUUUGAAAAUAAAUUAUUAAGAUCUGAUAUCCCCAGAUCAAACAGUGAUGGUAAACAUUGUUGUAAAAGUCAAAUUUUACCUUUCAAAAGUUUUAGGUUUUCAACCACCUACAAGCCUCCAGUCAAUAGAGUUCUUCCUCUUCAGACUAAAAGUCUCCAAAAGAUCACAAAUUCUUCUGAGCUGUCUGCAGAGGGGACAGCAGCAAGUAAUGAAACUCAAGAUAGUAUAACAAGUAUCACAAAUACUUCCAACUUCCAUCCCAGCAAUAAUACUUCUGAGAGUUCAAUGAGUCUUCCUGCUUCUGAGUUGCUUGAACAAUACAAAACUUUAUCUGCUGUGGGAAGUAUUGAAGGUAGUAUUCCUGCGGAAGAGCUAUCCAGCCAUGCUUCAAGCUCUACUUUACAGCAACUGUCUCCUAAAAAUCGAAUGAAAGCCAAACUGACCAUGAAACAAAAAUUUCGAGGCAUUGUCCUGGUUGGGGAUGAACGAUAUUCCCACAUCCAGAGCGGCCACUUCAAAUCCACUCUCCGCAUAUUUUCAAGACAUGGAACAACUUUAAAAUUGCUGCCACCGAUGCUCUCACGAUUUCUCUCAAACCAUGUGAUGGAUUUCCCUGGCAGUCCUCUGUGUCAGCAACUUCUCAUUAUCUGCACCAUUGGCUGGAGAGACUUGCUCGAGGCGACUGAAAGUGAAGACUGCACAAAAGUUACUCUAAAGUAUCCAGAAGAAGAUUUUGUUGCCAAACUAAUGACAGAAGUUCAUAACACACACCUUGCCAUCAAGGCUAUCAUUCCAGUUAACAAAGCUACUGUAAUAUUUUCUCACGUCUGGCCGAUCAACAUGCUUUAUCUUCAUGAAUUCUUGAACAGAAGAUCGAUAAGAACCUCAACUCAAGCAGAGCUUGCUGAGAUCGAUCGGCUUACAAAGUUCCUUGAUGGAGCCGUUCAACUCAUCAAUGAUAAUAUUGAUGCAAAAAGGCUCAAUGUUCCGCCUUCACUGACUUCAGACCAGAUUAAUUGCCCCGAUCUGCAGUGUCGUCUCUCAUUGCCAAACAAGAAGUUGAUCAAUGGAACUCUUCCUUCCGAUGUUGAAGCCAACUUGAUUUGCAGAGAUCUGUUGAAAUUUCACUCAAACUACAUUCUACAACCUGGAAACCAGAUGACCUUCAAUCAACUCUGCAUUAUUGGCGAUGCGCGUCUCAAAUCUCUUGCCAACAACUGGCCCAGAAAUUCAAGGGUAUCUGCGCUCUUCCUCCUUAGUGAUGAAAUAAACCCGGAGAAUGUGAUCGAUGUCAUCAACAAUCAUUGCAAUAGGACAGAUGCUGUCAUUUUUGUUCCUAGCAUUCAAAAUAUAUUCCUCGAAGAUGUGGCAUGGAAAGAGUGCACUGACCAUGCACCUCUCAUUCUUCCAAGUCCAACUAAGAACAAGAGUCAAAUCGAAAACUUCGUGUGUCGUUUGAUUCAAGUUGCUACUGAACUGCGUGAGUCUGAAUGCUUAAACGAUCUCACGUUUGUGUUGAGCUCCUUACCAAAAGUCAGUCUCGAGAACAAGGUUCGGUCUCUUGUAGACGAUCAUGAAGCAGAGUUUGAGCAUGUGCUCUCUGACAAGAUCUUCAAGGUGAUGGCGUACCGGGAUCGUUGCCUUGAGCGACUGCUUGAAAAAUUUGACGAAGGUCUUAGUGAGGCGUGCAUGUUGGCAAACAUACCCUACACAGAGGCUUUCCUACCACUGUCCAGGAUUCACUCAAUGCCUGAAGCAAAGAUCAGUAAUUUAGUUUACAAUGGUAUUCAUAAAACUUUGAAAAAGUACGAAUUAACUCCGAGAAAGUCGACUGUGAGUUCUCUUGAGGACAUUUGUGAAAGACGUGAAUUGUCUUUUCCUGUUGAUGUAAUUAGGACGUCUGGAAAAAAGAACAAUUUUGCAUCUAUGAUUUCUAAAGGUAAUGCAGAGACUCAUUAUCGUUGGACCCAUGCAAGAAAAAAUGAAAAAUCUGACUACAAACGCCGGAACCUUGGUCCUGGGUCUCAGACUGAACACGCAUCGAGUCAAAGAAAGGUGCAUGCGCCUUUAGAUUAUGCGGAUGAGCUGCUAAACUUUCAACUUGAAUGUCGCACUCUACCACGUGCGAAGCCUCAGAAGAGUGAUGCCAAAAAAAGUUACUUGCCAAGUUCAAGUUGUGCGGAGUCGGCCUCUGAUGUAUCGAUUACGGAAGCAAAAGUGAAUGCUCCUAAAUUGGCCUCUGAAGCCACACCUGAAAGCCUGCGCAGAGACACUUGCGUCUCAAACAAACACAAAAGAGUUCAUUUGGAUGCACACAAAUCUUUAUCCAUGUCACAAAACGAUGUGUGUCGUUCUAGAAAAGAAAGUCAAGCAGAUUCAAAUCCUCUUCGCAGUAUUCUGAACGAACCCAAACCUCAUUCCUCAGCAAUCGCGUCGGGUUCGUCUCGCUAUCGUCUGCCUCAGACCGCUAUCUGUUCAGCCGGCAGUUCAAGCUCACGCGCUCGACAUGAAUAUUCAAUGGAAGAUUCAUGUUCACUAUCCCAUUCAUUUCGUUCACAAUCGCCUUCACUACGCACACAAUCGCUUAUGCUUGGGGCCCAUCGAUACACACCAUCACCAUCCCGUCGCGCACGGUCUCCACUCCGGUCUCGGUCGCCACUCCGGUCUCGGUCACCACUCCGGUCUCGGUCGCCACUCCGGUCUCGGUCACCACUCCGGUCUCGGCCAUCACUCCGGUCACCACUCCGUUCACAGUCACCUUUCCACCAUUCACGUUCCUUGGUUAAUUAUUCAAUCUCUCCCAUGUCGCGUUCUCAUUCACACUCUUCUGCUCGGCAUUCUCAUUCUCGUUCUCCUGCUCAUCGUUCUCAUUCACGCUCUUCUGCUCAUCGUUCUCACUCACGUUCUUCUGCUCAUCGUUCUCACUCACGCUCUUCUGCUCAUCGUUCUCACUCACGCUCAUCGCUCGAGCAAUCUCCUUCGUAUUCCCCUGGCCAGACAAAUGAUAUUGACGGAUCGUACAGCGGUUCACCCGGCAGGAGCCAGCACCGCUAUACCAAACACAAGAAGAGAAAACGCUCCUCUUCCUCCACUCGGCGCAGCAAAAACAAGCACAUUCGUAGUCGCGACUCCAAAAAGCAUAAGCGCAGGAAAAGACAUAGAAGUACUUCGCCCGAACAAGAAUCUUCGCUAGCAAAGAAUAUGUCAAGCAGCAAAAGCGUACAGGCGCUGGCGGCGGCAGGGCUGCGUGAGCUGCAGCGCACGCACGAGCAGCAGCUGCAGAAGUACGAUGCGAGGCCGUCGUCGCACCCGCAGUAUGGCAAGGACUUGGCAGAGUUCUUGACGUCCGAGGAGGCCAAGUCCAUGUUGACCGAAUAUCCCCUGGAUGUCAUCCUCGCAGAAUGGGAGAAGAAUUGGGUUGCUAAAAUGCGUACAAUGGAGGAAAAUAAAUGGGCUGAGCAAGUGAAAGAAUUUAGUGAAAAUUUUCUUCGUGAGCUGGCUAAGGGCAGCGCUGAACCUACACGAAGUGAAUCAGAUGAAGAAAACGGCAAUGCCGAGCCUUUUAAUCCUAUGCCUGUCGAUAAGGAUCUUGAAGUAUCUGAAGUGGUCGGGGAAGUUGGUGAAGAUUUUGAUCUUGACAUCGAAUCGUCCGUUGGAGAAAAUCUUAGAUUAAUUCGCAACAAAGUUUUUCCCAAUGCAAAAGAGCUAUCAGUGUCGUCAGUGCUCCAAUCUGUCUCAAACUUGGCGAAGAAGCUUGGUGAGCUCUCUGACGCUGUGCCUUUGCUACUCCUGAAAUGUUUCGAAAUGGACCAUUCAGGCCUGAGUCCAUUAACUGCGUUCGGGACCGAGGAACAAGAAAUUUUAUCUUUAAUUCUGUCACGAUUGCUAGCAAUAAGCAUGGAAGAUGGUACUUCCCAAAGCCACGAUGCUGUGAGUUCUUGUGCAGCUCAAGUGACGUACCUCAUUGAGUCCAUUAGGCGCCAUCACAGCCUCGAUUUGACCUCCCUGGCCAUCGAGACGCUCAAUAUGGACAAGCAUGAAGCUCUGCGGCUCAUAGACCAGCGGCUCGUAGCUGCCGGCUCCUCAGAGGCGGCACUAAGUGUUUAUGAAAGCAUUUUGGAGGACCAAUCUCGCAUGAAAACUUUCCUCGCGCGGCACGGCAAAGAAAUAAAAUAAAUAUGUAACGGACUCUUGUUGAUCAAGUUUUUCUGCGGUGAUGAUGAUGUGUUUAUGUUGCUCUAUACACCGGAGAUUUUGUUUUAAUGUGUAGUUUGACUAAUUUUUAAGAACUGUUUGUGUCACGCGACUGCCGGUAUUUUUUUUGUAACGAU